AUGCUGGCAGAUAUCAUCCUCUACCCCUGGACAACCUCCCUUGUUCUUCUGGCGCUGUUGUCCUGCGCCUUGUGGGCGUACGACACUGUCGUCAUCGCUAACAAGCUGCGCAAGUCGACCGGUGCGAGGGCCAAUGUCUUGUCAACAUGUCCUCUUGUUGUAACCUACCUCUUCUGGCAAACAGCCUACUACCAAAUGACGAAUGGCUUGCUCGACUACCUCGAGUACAGAUUCAGCAAAAAUAAGCCCGGCUGUCCUCACGCGGUUGAAGUCUCCAUGCUGGGACGCCGCGUCAUCAUCACCCGGGAUUCAGAACACAUCAAGGCUAUGCUCACGAGCAAGUUCACCCAUUACGGCAAAGGACCUCAGUUCCACAAUAUCUGGAGCCCUUUCCUCGGCGACAGCAUCUUCACUACCGACGGCAAGCAGUGGCAGGGAAGCAGAGCCCUCAUUCGACCAAUGUUCAUCAAGGACAGAGUCCGGGAUCUCGACAUUUGCCAUCGCUGGACCAACACGCUCAUUGAGCACAUCCCUAACGAUGGGGAGACGGUAGAUAUGUGCGAUUUGUUUUACAGGAUGACGUUGGAUGUCACGACUGAUUUUCUGCUGGGGGCAAGUGCUGGAAGUUUGGACAACCCCCAGGGAGAAUUCAGCAGGGCCUUUACCAAAGUCCAACGCGCGCAAAUGAUUCUCACUAUUCUCGCCCCCUUUGCACCGUAUCUCCCCAAGCGCCACUACUACAAAAGCAUCCAGAAGCUCGAGGAGUUCGUGAACCCGUACAUUGCGGCCACUCUGGAGCUCAGCAACGAGGAGCUCGAAAAGCUUUCCAAGUCGGACAGGGACUUUACCUUUUUGCACAACAUUGCCCUGUACUCCAAGGAUCCCAAGGUGAUUCGAGACCAGAUCAUGGCCGUGCUAUUGGCCGGGCGCGACACGACGGCAUCGACCUUGUCCUGGACCAUGUACGAGCUGUGCAAUUAUCCCAAGGUCUGGGCCAAGCUUCGCCAGCAGGUGCUCGAUAUUGUUGGGCCGACUCGCAAGCCUACGUAUGAGGACCUGAAAAGCAUGCGGUACUUGAAUCACGCCAUUGACGAGACACUGAGAUUGUAUCCCGCUGUUCCGUACAACUGGAGGGCCGCCGUCACCGACACAACUUUGCCCGGGGAAGAAGGCCAACCCGACAUUGCGGCCAACAAAGAAGAUACCGUGCUGUACAGCACGCUGGCCAUGCAGCGCCGCCGCGAUCUGUACCCGCCCGUGUCGGAGAAAUUCGCCGACCCAGGGAUUUACAGCCCUGAUCGAUGGGAGCACUGGACUCCGAAGCCGUGGCAAUACUUGCCGUUUAACGGAGGUCCGCGCAUUUGUAUCGGCCAGAACUUUGCGCUGACAGAGAUGGCCUUUGUCUUGGUCCGUCUGCUGCAGAGAUACGAAAGAAUCGAGUACCGCGGCGACUGGAGCGCGCAAUUUCACAAGGCGGAAGUGGUGGGCUGUCCGGGACAGGGCGUACCCAUGGCCUUUUACAGGCCCGCAUGA